CUCUGCAAACAUUUUCUUUUGGCCCUUCGGUCCUGCGCGCCGCCUGCUGUGGGAGCAGACGCGUGGUCACCGCAGUGGCGGCCAGCACAGGCCCCGGCCGGACCCCUGCCUCCCCCGCACCCUCAGCUCCACGCCCCACAGCAGCUCAGUCUCGUUCUCGGGGCCUCAUUUUUCUCAUCUGCAGAAUUCCCACAGGGAAUGCUGUUCACGGGCCACGUUCUGGCAGCGCUUUGCCGAAACUAAAGCCUGAAUCUUGCUGCCAUGACCAAGGGAAGCACGACGUUUAUCACGUCGUGGAAUCCUAUAGAAUAGAAAGAGAAGUUGAAGACCACGUGGCAUUUUUAAUAACAGUCCCAACUGCCCUGGCGAUUUUCUUUGCGAUAUUCAUCCUCGUGUGCAUCGAGUCCGUGUUUAAGAAGUUGCUGCGCCUUUUCUCUUUGCUGAUAUGGAUAUGUCUAGUGGCCAUGGGGUACCUGUUCAUGUGUUUUGGCGGCACCGUCUCCCCCUGGGACCAGGUGUCCUUCUUCCUCUUCAUCAUCUUCGUGGUAUACACCAUGCUGCCCUUCAACAUGCGCGACGCCGUCAUCGCCAGCGUGCUCACAGCCUCCUCCCACACCAUCGUGCUGAGCGCCUGCCUGUCUGCAACGCCGGGGGCCAAGGAGCACCUGGUCUGGCAGAUCCUGGCCAACGUGAUCAUUUUCAUCUGUGGGAGCCUGGCGGGGGCGUACCACAAGCACCUCAUGGAGCUCGCUCUGCAGCAGACCUACCAAGACACGUGCAAUUGUAUCAAGUCCCGGAUCAAGCUGGAGUUCGAAAAGCGUCAGCAGGUAAAAGGCAUUUUUCAGUCUCACUUCCGCACUAUUUGA